AUGUUCGAGGAGCAGGCGACCAAGGUCAAAAUCACAUCCGUGGUGAUCGUCGUCGGCAUGUCAGCAAUGCUGGCGGCGGUGGUGACUGACCACUGGGCUGUGCUCAGCCCCCGGGUGGAGAAGCUCAACGCCACCUGCGAGGCGGCCCACUUUGGCCUCUGGAGGCUCUGCAAGAAGAGCAUCUUCAUCGUGGAAGAGGACCCUCAGGGCAAAGGCUGCGGGCCAAUCAGCUUACCUGGAGCAAAAAACUGCUCCUACUUCAAACACUUUACAUCGGGGGAGGAAGCUGAAGUUUUUGAAGUCAAGACCCAGAAAGAGUACAAUAUCUCAGCAGCAGCCAUUGCCAUCUUCAGUCUGUUCUUCAUGAUCCUGGGCACCCUGUGUGUAAUCUUCUCCUUUGGUAAAGGGCGGGACUAUCUGCUCCGGCCUGCUGGGAUGUUUUUUGCCUUUGCAGGCCUUUGCAUCAUCAUCUCUGUCGAAGUAAUGCGCCAGUCUGUGAAGCGCAUGAUCGCCAGUGAUGAGACCAUCUGGAUUGAAUACUACUACUCCUGGUCCUUUACCUGCGCCUGUGCCUCCUUUACGCUGCUCAUCCUCAGUGGCGUCGCCCUGCUCCUCAUCUCCAUGCCUCACAUGCCGCGUAACCCCUGGGAGACAUGCAUGGACGCUGAGCCUGACACCUUAGAUUAGCCACAGGUGAUGUAACAGCUAUAUCUUUAAAAAAGAAAACACACACACA